CAUUGAGAGGCAUAUCUGUAGCUAUUGGGCUUUAUCAGCCGGAACGAGGAAGAGAAAAUCAUGAACAAAGGUUACAGUGUGUGUGUGUUAGUGUGUGUGUUAGUGUGAGUGUGUUAGUGUGCGAGUGUGUGUGAGUGUCAGUUCUCAGGCACAGCGCUACCUGUAAGGACUCACAACACAAACCUCCAACAAGGAGGGGGUCCUGUCGUGGCGCAGGGGGAGGAGAGCAGCCCAUGGUGCAGUCUAGAAUCUUCAAUGUGACGCGAUGGCUCCCCCUAGAGGUGCAGUUGUGCAGUACAGGGAGUAUGGAGGCCUAUGGCUGCUCAUCCCCGGCGCUGCCCUCAUCCUCAUUCUGCUGCUUCUCUUGUGCUCCUUCCGCCCCCGUUCAAAAAGACGUUCGGUUAAUUUAUCCCAGCGUGGAAAUUCCAACCAAGAAUUGCAUCUGACAAAAGCGGUCAAGCGGGGCACCAGCAAGACCCCCGAAACGCCAGACUCACAAAAUGGAGGUAUCGCCAAAGACCCAGGACCAUCCUCUGGGAAAAAAGCUGAAAAUAAUGGAAAGAAUAACAAUGGGGCAUCUGUCAAAAUCCAAAAAAAUAUCCCAAAUCAAAAUUCUGAAGCAGAAACAAAGAUGCAAAGUCUGCGAGAACGUAAUCUCCCAUCAAUACCCCAGGACAAUGUCGCUGCAAAAAGCGAAGAACCCCUCUAUGAUACCGUUAAUGAAAAUGAACCACCAGUUACUAUAAUUAAUGGUGCUGGCAGGUCCAAUGGGAGUGUGACUAAUGAAGAGGCAACAGGGAAAACUACAACCGUCCCUCUUUACUCCAGCGUGCAGAAGGGCAAUGGGUCCCUCAAGCAGCAUCAGAACCAAGAACUUUUAUAUGAAGAAAUAACUGCGGAAGCCGAGCCCAUUGCUGACCCAGAACCAGCACAUGAGAACAAAGGGCCAGGAAUUGCCUCCCAAGAGAGUAACUCCAUGCGGGACAAUGAGACAUCUUCCCAAACUCAGGAAAAUACACCAAGUGCCGACCAGAUGCCAAAUUUAACAGGACAACAUCUGCCCUCAAUACCACAAGACGUUGGACUAGAAAAGACAAACAUCGCCGACCCGCUUUACGAUACUGUUAAUGAAAUUCACGAUGCAACUGCUGUUGAGGAAUCAAGGAUGGAACCACCAAUGUUCCAUUUGCAAGUGCCCAGUAUUGAAAUAGAAUCAGUUGCUAUUAUUCCUGGGCAAAAUGGCGACAACAAGUCCGAUGGAAGCACGGAUAAAGGAGAGGAAAAGAAGAUAGGGGUCGAUUCUCUUUAUUCCAAGGUUUGUAAGAAGACAUCCCCAAAGAAACCAUCGCACCAAGAAAGUUUAGAAGAUGAAACGAAGCAGGACGACGACGCCAAGGCAAGUUUCUCUGCUAGUUCGUCCAACCUGAACAGUUCCCAAACCUCACUAGAUAUGGUGUCCAUGGCAUACCUGCGUGCCAAGAAGAGGGGAAAGGAUGACAUAUCCAUAAACUCGGAACGUGAGGAGCCUCCACCUCUUCCAGAAAAACAAUUUGAUGAAGAAGAUGAAAAUCAAUAGAACGCAGGAUGAAAACAAAUACAGUUGUUGCCAGUCAAGUAGUUCUCAAUACAUCGUUGGCAAGAACAGGGCUCAUUGCCAUCAGCAGCCCCCCAAAACCAUCUCUACCUGGAAACAGAUGAUGAGCCGCUUCAUUGUGACGUCAUUGUUUGAUCAAAUCUGAUUAUAAGGGUCCCUUUUACUGGGACGUGAACCCCAUUACUGGGACAUUGUUGGGUCAUAGGAAUCUGGUGAGGAUCCAAGUGAUUGUGCCAUUGGGUAUUUGGAAUAUAAUCGGCGCCUCCAUUGUUACAUCACUGUUUUGUUUACACAUUUGAUAAUAACAAGGAACACGAUUGGGGCGACACUGACAGCCAUGGGAAAUUAAUUUGCUUUGGAAGACGGAAAAUGGAACUAAACACAUUUAUGACAGAGCAGAUGAAAGUGACUGUUCUUUUCAAAGUGGUGUUAGAGUUUGGUAACAGUGCUGAGCUCCAACACCCUUCUGAAUCUUUAAUUCCUGAAGAAAGAUACCCAUAAUUACUGCUCGGUUUCUCUCUGUCCAUCUAGGUCAGGGGUAGACAAACUUUUUGGCUCAGGGGCCACACUGACUUACCGAUGGGCCAGGCCGGGCCAGCGUCACAAAUCAUGGGGCCUCUCAGCUCCCCCCCCAGCAU